AUGGCCAAGUUCACGAGGCCGAUCGCCAUCCUCAGCAUAGUUUUGGCCCUAGCGUAUGUGUUUCAGGGCCAGCUUCUGGCCAAAUACGCGUCGCCGCCGGCUGUGGAGCCCGCUGCGCGCGAAAACGCCACCUUUUUCAGUCUCGUGCGCAACUCUGAGCUCCCCGGCAUGUUGCAGAGCAUCAAGAGCGUAGAGCAGCGAUUCAACAACAGGCACCACUACCACUGGAUUUUCGCCAACAACGAGCCGUUCACCGACGACUUCAAGACGGCUGUCGCGGCGAUGUGCUCGGGAACGGUCGAGUUCAGCCUCAUUCCGCCAGAGCACUGGGACUAUCCAGAAUGGAUCGACCAGACACACGCGGCCGAGGUGCGGCGCCAGAUGAGGCGCAAGGGCGUCAAGUACGGCGACAACGAGUCGUAUCGCCACAUGUGCCGCUUUUUCUCGGGACUGUUCUACAGGCUGGACGCGCUCAGGCCGUUCCGAUAUUACUGGCGAGUCGAGCCGAACGUCGAGUUCCGCUGCAACAUCGCGUACGAUCCGUUUGAGGUGAUGCGCACACAGGAAAAAGUGUACGGGUUCACGCUCACGCCGCUGGAGCUGCACACCACGGUGGCCACGCUGUGGAAUGCCACGCAGGAGUACAUGCACCAGUACCCGGACCGCGUGGCUGCGAACAACAACAUGGCGUUUCUGACGGACGACGACGGCGAGAGCUUCAACAUGUGCCAUUUCUGGUCGAACUUUGAGAUCGGCGACCUCGACUUUUUCCGCAGCGAGACGUAUACGCAUUUCUUCGACUAUAUGGACCGCAAGGGCGGCAUUUUUUAUGAACGGUGGGGAGACGCGCCGCUGCACACCAUAGCGGUGUCGAUGCUGCUUCCGUACACCAAGCUGCAGUACUUUGCGGGCACCGGGUAUUAUCAUGCGCCGAAUCUGCAAUGCGACGGGCCAAACUGGCUUCAGGAGCAGAAUGAGUGCAUUUGUUUUGCGGACGACGAUUUCGCGUGGUCGGGCGGAAGCUGUUUGACGAAGUUCUUCGACGUCCACCAGCUGGAGCGUCCAGAGGCGGCUCCCACGACCCCGUACACGCCCAUCCAUAAGCCUAGCAAAUUAUAG